AUGACAGCAUCGCGUGAAUUUUGGCGAUCAGAAAUAAAUGGAUACAACUUUGAACACCACUUACAGUUACCAAUUGAUCGACACCGUUCAAAUGUUGACGAUCGAUCCAAUGCGGCUAGCUCAGCUCGAUUUUCACUCGAUGAUGAUCUUUCAGCUUCAUUUCUAGAAUAUGCUGCCAUGAUGAAUAUUACACCAUUUCAACUUGGUCUAGCCACAUUCUAUGCAUUUCUUUUCAGAUUGUGCAAUAGAAACAAAGAUUUAUGUGUGGCUUGUGUCAAUGCUAAUCGGUAUAGAGCUGAGAUUCAAAAUCUUGUUGCAAUAGCCUCCUAUGCCCAAGCUCGAAUAUGGCUCGAUGAACGUAUACGUUUUGAUCCUGAAAAACUACAAGUGGCUAUCUACAAUUUGCCCUUUUUAUGUCAAAUUCGUCCUGGUGGUACCAUAUCAAUUUCACAACUACGUCGAGCUCUUCAAAUUGUCAUCAAGAAGCAUGAAUCACUUCGUACAUCACUUAUUUUUGAUACUAAAACAAAUAUGUUAAUGCAGCGAAUCAUUGGCCUCAAUGAUGAUAGUAAAGAAAUAUUUAUAUUCAAAGAAAGUACUAUCAAAACGGAUGAAGAACUACAUGUUCUUAUGCAUGACGAACGAAAGAAUCCGAAUCAUUUUGAUCUUACUCAAGGUCUUGUCGUUCGAUGUCGUGUUGUCCACAUAAAAAGUGACUCACAAUCUGAUAGUAUUAGUGAAGGAGAUGCUAUCAUUUUCAACUUUCAUCAUACUGUAUUCGAUUUUCCAUCAUUCGAUGUGUUUCAUCAAGAUCUUAAUGAAGCAUAUAUGACAGAUCAACUGAUAUAUGAUGCUAAUUCUGUUCUGCGUUAUAUUGACUGUAUCAUGUCUAUUCAAAUGAGUGGUGGCAUCUACUGUCCAUUGUCACCUCGAAAUCCUGAUCAACGUUUGUUGAUGCUUCUCAAAGAAACAAAAAGUCGUCUUGUUCUUGUUCACUCAAUGACACGAGAAAGAUUUGGUGGCGAAGUUAUUUUGGAAGAUGUCGACGUUAUUUUGAAUAGUGAUGACAUUGGAAAUGAUUGCAAUCCUAAUAGACUCAUGUUUCCAGUAAUGACAUCGAAUUGUGUUGCAGCUAUCGUUUUCACGAGUGGAUCAACUGGAAUACCGAAAGCGGUGAGUUUCCAAUUGUUUUAUCCAUUGAAAGUUACGGAUACAUUACUAUUCUUGUAG